UACUAGUAAGAAUUAUAAUUUCUUCGGUUUCGUCUGGUAAACGAAGCUUUCUUGGUAUUAAUUUUUUAUAAAUAUAAUUAUUAUAAAUAAGCUAUUAUCAUGGUCGAAGUCACAAAAAAAAAUUUCGAGAAACUAUUACCAAUGGUAAAGGAAGAUUUAAAAGAAGCAGAUUUUAUUGCUUUUGAUUCAGAAUUUACUGGUUUGAGCAGUGAUGAUAUAAAUUCAAGUUAUUUCAAUACUAUUGAAGAGCAAUAUGAAUAUUUACGAAAAACUACUGAAUCAUUUAUAAUUAUUCAAUUUGGUAUUACCGCUGUCACAAUAUUGGAAUCUGAUAAAUAUAAGACUGCAACUUUCAAUUUUUAUCUUUUUCCCAUGUCUAUUCCGACAAAGAAUAGACGAUUCUUAUGUCAGGUUGGAGCAAUAGAGUUUUUAUCUUCUUAUUGUUUCGACUUUAACAAGGUAAUUUAUAAUGGUAUUUCAUAUCUUAACAAAACUGAAAAAGUUAUAUUGAAACAAUAUUUGGAAAAUGAUGUGCUAUUAAAAAACGUUGAAAAUAAUAUGUUAUAUAAAAAUGAUAAUGAAAUUAAAAGGGCCAUUGAUAAAGUAGCUAAAUGGUUAGAAAAUAAUAAUAAAAAUGAUGAUGUUUUAAAACUUUAUACAAGUUCUUAUAAUAUACAGUACUUUUUGCAGAAAGUAUUAAGAGAUCGUUUUCCAGUAAUCUGGACAACAAAUAAUGAUAAAGAGGUAACAAUAUUUAUGGUAACAUUGGAGGUACGAAAGAUAUUAGAAAAAGAAGAAGAACAGAAUUUAGAUGAAGCCUUGUUGGAUUCAUAUGAAGGAUUUACAAAAGUAUUUAAUUUCUUGGUAGACCUACAGAAACCUAUUGUUGGGCAUAAUCCUUUACUCGAUCUGAUGUAUAUGUACAAAUUAUUUUAUAAAUCUUUACCAAAAAACUAUAAAGAGUUCAAGACUGAAAUACAUAAACUAUUUCCUAAAAUUUUUGAUACUAGAUGUUUAAGUUACCAGCUAAAAGAUAACAAUAGAGAAGAUUUGUGUCUUUCACAUACACUUGGUUCUCUUUAUUACUUCUUUAGCGAAGGCAAAGGAUCUAAUCAUAUAUCUAAAUCAAUAACUAUAGAAACAGGUUACAGCAUGAAAGAUGUGUAUAAAUCUCAUGAUGCAGGAUUUGAUUCAUAUUUAACUGCAUAUAUAUUUAUUAAAAUGGCAUAUAUAUAUAGUAUUUCAAAGGGAGAAAAAACAUUUCCAUGCAGUAUAGUGUAUGGUAUAAAAGAGUUCAUGAAUUACAUAAAUUUACCACAUAAUUCCAAUUUUUAUUUGAAACUAGAUGGUGAGGAUCCAGAAACAGAAAAACCACAAUUACUGUUUGUAAAAACACCAAUCGAUGUUGAUAUAAAUCAGAUAUCGAAGAAAUUAGCUCCCUUUGGAUCUUUUAAUAUAAAACCUUUCAAGCGUAAUCGUACUUUCAUAGCUGUUGCGAGUCAUGGGAGUGCACGUGAUAUUUUAAAUCAUUUUCGAAACAACAAAGAAUUAUAUAUUGUUCCUUACAAUCCCAUAAAACAUUCUCCAUCGAUAAGGUACCUUAUUUUUAUGGAGCUGUUUCGAAGCAAGGUGGCAGACCUAUUUUGGAUCCUCUCCAAGGGCAGUCGCGUCUACUCGUCGUUGCAUUUACGAAUUGUUACUUUGUUGCACGUGAUAUCUUCUUCGUACGUUUUAACUACGGUGACCUGGAAUUUUGAGAAACUUACGAUUCUUUGAGCCCGUUUACGAGAAAAUGAUUAUCGUUUGAUUGGUAAUAAAUAUAAAAGAAAGUUAAAGUAAGCAGCUGUAAAAGUGAUACCAGGAGAAGAAAGAAAAG